GUAGUAAAGAGAGUUACGGAGAAACGAGACCCAGGCUGAACAGUCAUCGCUCAGCUUCGCUCGCUAGGUGGUUGUGCCGCCUGCCCGGCCCCGCGUGUGACCUAGUGGCUUUGUGUUUAGCUUGAAAAUGGCAGGCCUUAUCAGUGCUCUCCUACCGCUGUGCCUCCGUUCUGUGCGCUCGCUUUUCGGUGUAUCCCCGUGAACUCCCUAACACUUAAACUCGUUUAUCUCUACUCUUUACUCUCUCUUUCUCCGAAAAUAGUUUAUUUAUGACGCUCAGUUAUCGGCCGUAGGUUCUGGUGUUGAGAUAAUGCUCAAGUUCUUAACUCAUAAACUAAGAACACAUUCCCUUAAUGAAGAACACCCAAGUGAUAAGGUUGAUAACGAAGAUCACGAUUCUGGAACCGAAUCAGACGAAAACGAAAAUAGCAGAGAUUCCUCCGAAUUCAUGAUGGACGAAGGUCAGGGCGAAGGCGAAGGAGCGGAGGGGAGCUUGGGCUCGCGGUCCUCCUGCUCGGGGGCGACGACGGGGGCGGCGACCCCCUCGCCGUACUUCCUGGACUCGGGCCUCCCCUCGGACUGCGACCUGACCUACGAGCACCACUCGAGCGAGGAGGAGCUGGAGGUGAUCAACAGCCAGAAAGAGGAGCCGUGCCCGGGGGAGCUGGCCGCCCUCGCCGCCCGGGCCCGCGCCCUCUCCUGCGCCUCCCCCUCCCGCUCGCGGAGCACCUCGGCCCUCCCGGAGAAGCGCAAGUGGUCCCAGGUGAGCCGCCCCCAGCCCGAGGCCCCGGAGCCCCACAGCCACACCCCACACAACCCGCACCCGCGGCGGCCCCUCAGCCGGCUUCACCAAGCCCCCAGCGUCUUUCUACACAGGGAACACAGCAGUAGCAGCUCCGAUGACGAGGCACUGACGGCGUGUACGACGCCGGUGAAAUUCAGGACGUCGCCGCCGGUGGACGUGCACAAACCCGGACAGAGAUCUCUUUCGCCGCCGGUGAAGCUGUUCCACUACGGAUCGGCGUCGGUGACCGGGGCGUGCGCCCGGCCCGGGUGCGGCGCCGGGCCCGAGCGGGCGGCCGCGGGGGCGGGGAGCCCCUCCGGCCCCGAGGGGGCCACCUCCCCCGUCCCGACCGUCCCCAACGCCUCGCCCCGCAAGAGGCAUAAACACAAGUUCCCACAGAAAUCCUCCAACCCCAACUACACCCAUCGACCGUGCCUAGACUUCGAAAAAAUGCAGCAGCUGAAGGCGAGAUCUGUGACGACAUGGCGACCAAGCACGGAGCACGGCGGAGAACUCUCCGUUUUCUGUUGGUGAAAUUGGAAAGAAGGAUUUCGCCUGUGGGUGUGGAGUGCUCCAAGGUCCAAGGGACGCCUCUUUUGUGAAUAUGUUAAUUUUUUGAGGGAUGUUACUGUCAAUCAUUCGCUUCGUUUCUACCAUUGACGAUUAAGCGCCUCAUGAUCAUUUGCCAUCAACUUACCCAUCCCUUUUGAAAGUGAGUCCGACUGAUUGGUCUGACCCAGUUGGCAUUGACUAGUUGCGUGGAAUUGAAAUUUGAAAAAACUGUUGUGGUGAUUGGAUUUGGAAGAUGUUUCCAUUCUUUCUCAUGAAAACUGUAUGCAGAAUCUGCGUAAUAAUGAAUUUGCAUGAAACCUCUUCAAAAAUUAACAUCGAUGAAGUUAUAAAAUACUCAUUAAGUGUGCGGUAGUAUUUCUAAUUCUAGUAAUUCAAGAGUUUUUCCAGCGUAAACUUUAAGAGGCUUGUAACUUUUUUUUUUAAAAAGUCAAUGCGACUCGCUGCUAGGAACAUAUGAAGCAAGUUCUUUGAUUCGGUCUGUGUGACGAGGUCAGUCUGGCUCACUCCAACCAGGGAUAAGUUUCCACAAAAUCAAUUGGCUUCUCAUCCAGUGCGGUACCAAUGUUUGCCAUUUAUUGUACAUACUAUUAACGUACACUCCUACAUAGCCUCCUCUUUUCUAUUUGUAAAUGUACUUUUUUAAGCCGUCAAUUUUUAAUCCUAGAGUAAGUACCACCUAGUCAAAUUAUAUUUUUAUUUACCUUUUUCCUCUCAAAUCUCUCAGCCCUCCGUUCGGCUGGUUCGCAUCGCUUCAAGCCAUCAAAGAGUGAUAAAUGAUGUGAUUCUCGUGUAUUUUUAACCUCAUCCGAAAAAGUCUCAUAGAAAUUUUCAAGAAAUUAGUGGAAAGAAGGAGUUUUCUGCGAAACAAAACCACCUGUAAAAAUUUUACUUAUUAUGAGAGUAAAUGAAUGGGAUUUCACUUUCCCGAAUAUGAUGUUCUACUCAACGCACUGGGCACAGACACUCUGACCAAAACGCUCUAUUUUCCUGCAAAUAUGGAAAGGGUACAUGGUUAUUUAAUGGUAUAUAGCUUGCAUAAAAAUUCAAGUUGCUCUUUUUUCUCAGGUACCUAGGUAUUCUUUUUUUAGGACUCCCAAUAUAGUGUUAAAGCUGACUGAUAUUUUCUUAUGAGCCUCAAACAGUAUGCUUAUGAUGGGGUAAGUCAGUGUGAAAGCGUCAGAUGAAGUAAGACAACCAUCAAAUGCAGUUUUUAUGUACUUUCCUUUCUUGUUCUUUUUUAUUUAAUUUUUUUCUUUAAUAUGCGAACAGUGUUUCAAUUCAUCCAAAAAAUUGGAACAUUUCUGGUUCUGAUUUUGAACCAAGAAUUGAAGAGGAAAAAUGAUGAGGCAAAAGAAGGAGGUCAACGCACUAUGGCGGAAAGAAACAACUCAUUUCUAAAUAUCAAUUAACAUAGGAAAACGCUGGUUAUAUCAGAUGAAACUUUUUGUUUUUUAACACUAUCGAAGCAACUUAAAACAGAUUAGAGGAGAAUCGAAAAAAAGUGUGGAUUUUUCUGUUCCCAGUUAAAUUUUCCUUUGUAUCAGGUGCUGUCAAAUUUAUCGAGUAAUGUUUUAGUGUUCUUUUAAAUCAUCAUCAGCUAUGAUUCGCUUAUCUCGAUUUUUUCACUUAUCUAUUAUGUUUUAUUUUCUUUUUUAUUUAUAAUUUUUUUUCUCAAAUAUAUAUUUGUUGACAUUGAUUCGGAGGUGUCUGAGGUUCGAAUAGAAGUGCGUCCGUGGUAAAAGAAUGAAGAAUGAUAUGAAGAAUGAUACUCUUAACUAACAAGACUGAUAUUUCAAAAGUGUGCUGUCGCAUGAUGUUUGUAAAAUUUUUCCCUGAAAUCUUCGAAUCAAAAAGUUAAGAUUUGAAACUUGUUGAGAUUCUAACUCCAGAAGUAAAGUGAUUUCUCAACUUUGAAACGUUUUCUGAAUACUGCAUCUCUUCCUUCCAGAUCAGUGUCGAAUCUGAACUGGAAAUUGAAGUUUUAAGGUUGUCCUUAAUUUCGUUCUUUCAUCUCCUCUGUUUUCUUAAUUUCAAUUUUUAUAGUUACGAGCUCACACCCAGGUGUCUUUUGUUACUUAAUUUUAGACGCCAACAUGGGAUAAAGAAUAGGACAUUGCCUUGAAAAGUUGUAUAUAAGUUAUCUUACUUGUGUUGUUAUAUUGAACAGCAUAAUGUUAUUAUUAGAAUAAAAGCUUUUGUAACAUGCAUGGAGAAACUUUCGAAAUAUGUAGUAAAACAAAGAGUUUUAAGCAGAGAAAUGGACAAUCUAAUUAUUUUUUUGAGGAAAGAAAGGGAGAAAUUAAGGCAUCCAACAUGUAAGAGGAUAUUUUUGUUUAAUUAAUUAUCCUCGUUAAUCUAGUCAAAUUUUCUUCGAUAAAUUCUUCCAUAAAUGAUCAUUGUCCAAAAUCAUUUUGAUUCAACGACUUUCAUUUUCUUCCUCUGAUAAAAAUGUAUUAUUUAUUAUAAAAUUUCUAAAUUUAUUUGUAUGUGUGUCAUAUGUACUUAUUAUAGUUGGUGUAUUUUAUACAUAAGAAAUUAUUCUUACAAAGAAACGUUUUUUUUCUUUUCACUUUAUUCUUCAAUGGUCAAAAGUGUCUCUUUCGUUAAAUUUAUCAAGAUAUAUUUAUUUCAAUGAUUUUUGUAACUAUGGAUCUAUUUAUUUAUUAAUUUAUUUAUGCAUUGUUUAUUUCUUUACUAAUUUAUCUACUACUUUAUUUAUUUGUUCAUUCUUUUUCUUUUAAUUGACUGAUUUAAGUUCUCUUGUUCUCUUUAAUCUUUUACUUUUCAUACUACCUACCUGUUCUUCAGAGUUCAGAUUCGAUCAGUUCAUGAUGAGUUAUCCUCAGAUGAUCUAAGGUUAGGUCAAUUCUUAACAACUGGAAUUUCCACUCUUCUUUAAAGUAGGGCUCUGAGUUCAUUGCUUCCAAGGAAAGUAACCUUUAUUGAUCAUUGGAGAUCUUAGUCGAAUCAAAGCUUCUGUGUCUCAUGCUCUCUCACCAAAUGUUUUCCCAUAAAUUAAUUCAUGCCAUGGCAAUUUCAUUGAGCAACUCCAAGAGUCCAUGUUACUGAAAUUUGAACAUCUCUAGAAUGAAGCAGAAAAUCUGCUGUUUUGCUCUUUGCAUUUAGUGUACUAAAUAAACUAUUGAUUAUGUAGAGCAUCAACAUUCUUUUGUUCAGCAUUAACUUGACUCAAGUAGGUAGUUAUUGUGUUUGAUUUUAUGAGCAUUCUUAGUAAAUUUUCAAAUUAAAGGAUACGGAACGUGUACGUAUCUCACUUAGGAGUUGAUUUAAGAAUUCCAUUCCAUAGAAAAUUUUGUCAAGGAACUGUGUAAGAUAUUCUGUGAGCUCAGACCUUGCUUUUCUGAAGACCAUUUUGUUUGACAUUACUUCGAUGGUGAAGCUGAAAGCCAUGUAAGCUAUUGCAGCAUAUUUCACUUUUUCAAUUGCAUUUUAUACUUUUUUUGAAGGAGAGCCGUUAAUUUUGCCUGAGGAGGUGUUGAGUAAUUCUUCAUUCACCUUAUGAAUAAUUUCCAAAUUUUUCAAGAAAAAAUGUCGAUUGAUGCCUUCAUGUAACAAAAUAAGGCUCGAAUAAAGAUUCAGAGACACUGCAAUCUCGGUUUUGUUGGGUCCUCCCCCCCCCCCUUUCAGUUCACCAUGAAAGUGCGCUUGCUUACAGUUUCAUUUAAGUUUUCUAGAAAUGAAAUUAAAAAAUCUAUCCACAUCAGUCUUUGGGGCGGAUGAAGUGUCUAUAUAAUUAUUCUGGUGGUCAGAAGUUGAAAUCAUGUCGAAAUAAUGUCAAAAAAAGAAAUAUCCCAGUCAGGCAAUGGAUGGAUUAGUUCAGAAAAAAUCAUUAAAUGUGGUCAGUAAAAUGUUUGAAUCCACAGAUGUAUGUAUCUGUAAGGAUCAGGUAUAUUUUUCGAAUUUUGUUUUCCUCUUUUGUCGUAGGGACUACAUCUAAUCCUUCUUUUUUCAGUCCUCUAAAUGGUCUGAAUCUCGGCUUUUUGGCCAAUCAAAACUUUCUUUGAGGUGUUCUUAGAUUGUCACACGUUUGAACAUCUAUGUGACCAAAUGACAAUGUGACAAAUGAUAACAUUUUGGUUUUUAAAGUAAAUGAUGACAACAUCAAUUGGACAAUUUAAUUGGAAGGAUUCUAACAGCAUUUCACCUCGCCUAAUAUUCUCUCUUGUUUUCUUUUUUGAACAUAGAACUUAACUACUUAAUCCCUUCAAACUGAUUGUGAAUUUUCUCUAGAUUAAGAGAAAUAUACUCACAAAAUUUCUAGUUCAGGUGUUGCUUAGUUUUUUUGGUUUAAAAAUAAAACAUCAGAGAAAAUUAGGCUAAGUCUAAUGCAGUUGGACUGAUUCCGUCCUACUAGAGUGAUCAUUUCAACCGUCACAAUUAUUCUUUAAAAAAUAAGCGAUUUCGAAUCCUGUAGUCCUUGAGUCAAAAGUGUCAAUUUAGUGACCUCAAAACCAACCCUGUUUCAAUAGAAUAAAUCUUAUUCAAGAGCAGCAAACAACUUUCCGCCAUUGUUUUUUUGUGCUUUACUCAUAAAUUAAAUGCCUUCUUCCUCUCGACAAAUGUUUUGACAUUUUUGAGGUUUGUCUAAGGGCUAUACUGUGUCCAAGAAAAUUAGUGAUGUGAUGGUCUCAUAUUGAUACAAACUCUUCAUUUGGGCACACAUUCUCUAUUUUGUGAUACCUAUUUGUACCUUGCUAUUUGCUGAAACCUAUUGUUACGUAUUCCAUCAUUUCCAUCUAGCUCGUAUUAUUUUUCAUGUUGCCAGUUGUGUAUAAGGAACAGUACAUUCUCUUAAUUUAAAUUACUGAUCGGCAAUGAAACCUUCUCUAGGAAUAAUUGAUGUGAAGUACCUGGUUUGACCAAUGGAAAAUUACCAAAAUAAACGCUGAGAUGUGUCAGGAUCCUACUUGCAUGUUGUUAUUCCAAGUAUUAGAACCCCCCCCCCCCUUCAAAAAUCCAAGUGAUUUAUCAUCUAAUAUCAUAGCACAAUUUCAAUUAAUGUGUGUCAAGAAAUUUUAUAAUUGGAUCUGUUGAUUACAUUUUGCCGCUUUAAGAGUCUUUAGAAACUUUGUGUCACAAGACCUUUCUUCAUGUCAUUUGACUACACUUCUUGUUUUCUCUGCAAUGCACUUACAAAACAAUCAUUACAUCAUGAAACCGUCAAUAGGUUUUUAAAUCUUUUUACCUAAAAUGUUACACCCAGUGCAAAUAAUGGGCUCAACCCCUUUCUCCCUUCUUUCCCCUCCGCCUGGGUAUACAACUGCACUUCACAUGGAUUAAAAAGUAAUCUGGAAUAUAUUUAAUAGGUAUUUUCAUGGUUUAAUUGAGCGUUAUAAUUUUCCCCCUUCCUUUGAGUGCACUUCUGUUUCUUGCCGCAAUAGGUAGUCCCCAACCCCCUCCCAUUUCAAAGUUGGUCAUAAAUAACGAGCUGGACCAAAUAAGAAGGAAGUGCACUAGAACCUCUGUGAAUUUCAGCUACUGAAGGUCUACUUAUGAGGGUACUUAAAUACUUUGAGGUCUGUAUUCUAUUUUCGAACUCUGCAGUCAAGGUUUGUUUCGUAAGUGAUCUGAAUGAGUCUAAUUAUGUACUGGGACUCCAGUAUUCCAGUUGUAUAGGGCCGACUUGUAUAAAAGUAAAACUAUUUUCAAUUUCGAUUAUUAAGCUGUCCACUUUAUUUCCUUCAUGCUCGUGUUUAAAAAAACAGUGUAAACCCUUAAUGUUUUUGGUUUAUUGUCCGAAUGGUAGUAAUCGUUGUUAUUGAACUGUGUAAAUUAAACACACUUAACUGAACUAAUUUGAUGUUUUGUUUAUACUAUUUUUUGUAUAGGCUGAAUGUGUCAGAAAUACAUGUUCUAACAGUACA